AUGGCUGGAAUGGCAUGGACCUUGCACCCUGCGCUCUUCUACGAGAAAUACGGUACGGUGCUGGUCCAGCUCUGGGAUUCGGGCGCCAUGAGCACCCUCUUCCGGCCAGUGAGACGUCUCUCCAAAACCAUCGGCGACGCCCUCGCCGCUCGCCGUCGCCGCUCGUGCACCGCCGAACCAGACGUCCCGGAGGGAGAGACAUCGGCGCUGCAACUGACGGACGAAACCGUCCCCACCAGCGACGAGGCACAGGGCAGGGCGUACUUCGUGCCGGGCGACACUUCCUCUUCUCCCAGCUCGUCCGAGGAGAAUGAACUGGCCUUUCAGGGGGACGUGUACACGCAGAUGCGGCGAAGCCGACGGCAGGCCGAACGCACCAAGAAGAUACGCGAAGCCCGCAAGCAGUUUCUCGAAGGCACCAGCGGUCGCAGGUCUGCCAAGCGUCGUCGCAGCCGCCGGCGGUCCUCUCUUCUCAUGUCCUCGAGUGUGCGCCAGACGCUCCAUGGUACCGGCACGCCGCUGACUGAAAUAGAAGAUUCCGAGAAGCCUCGAGUAAUCAUUGCGGAUGCUGCGAGCUCUCCUACUCCUGCAAGCGGGGAGCUCUCUCCAGAGAUGAGCGAAGGCGCCAAAGAGGGUGCCGCUGAUGACGGUGCAGGUCGCGGGCCGGCUGUAGGCCCGGCCGAACUUAUGGACGACAACGACAGCCUCCGCAGGUUCAGGGCGAUCCAUGGCCGCAAGACGGUGAGCCGUUCGCCGCCACCAUGCGUCACGAGUGAUUCGUCGGACUCGGUGACUGACCUCGACCGAGGUGUCGCUAGUGGCCACGUGAUCGUUCCUCAAGACCUUCUACCAGACAACGACAGCGUCUAUAAGUUCAGGGCUAUACACGGCCGCAUGACAAUCGCUAAUCCUUCGCUUUCGGAAGACAGCAGCCUUCAGCCGGAACCGAUGGGAGACCUUCGCCGAGGCGGCAAGCCUGCCCAGACGAUCACCCCCGACGAGCUUCUACCAGACAACGACAGCGUCUAUAAGUUCAGGGCCAUACACGGCCGCAUGAAAAUCGCUACUCCUUCGCUUUCGGAAGACAGCAGCCUUCAGCCGAAACCGAUGGGAGACCUUCGCCGAGGCGGCAAGCCUGCUCAUACGAUCACCCCUGACGAGCUUCUGCCGGACAACGACAGUCUUUGGAAGUUUAGGGCCACUCACGCAGAGAAGGCAAGGUCCUCUCAAUCACUUAGCGCCAGUUCUCAGUUGGAAUCGCAGACGGAGUUUCAGCCUGCACAGAUCCGGUUGGCUGCUAGAUCGGUAGUAGAUGGCCCAAUAUCAGAUUCUCAGGAUAUCACUGCGAUGGAAGGCAGAACUAUGAAAUCAGCCGUCGGAAAGACACAAGCCAGGGCGUUACUCGAGGCAUCAAAUCUAGACCGCUCCAAAGACAGCAGCACACUUUCGAUGCAGAUCUCGCCACCUGACACAGAUAUCCAGAACUCCUCGUCACGACAAAAUGAAGUACCCACCUCGCCCCUGAAGGCAUCAAAAAAGAAAAUAACAGAAGCAAAUGGCGAUUCGGGACAACUCAAGACGGUCAGUGAAACUUUGAAAGGGAAGAAGUCAAAGCGUUCUCAUGAUAGACAAAAGCCCUUGGAGUACGCGAGUGGCCUAGACGCCACUGGAGUAGGAACACCUGCCGCCAGAAGCGGAGAAACGACGAGGAACAACAGCGCGCUGUCGACCGAAUGUCUGUCAGGUGGGGCCAGGACGCAGAUAGAAGGUCAAGACGUGGAGGCUAAGCGUCGUCCAAUAGUUGUCGAAACUAGAGCCGAGAUUAAAGAAGCCUCCGAAAAGGACUCUGCUUUGCCACUCGCUGAAAGAUCCGCGGAGGUACAACGCGCUCCUGGCAACGUGCAGGCCUCGGCAAGUGGAACUUUUGGGUUGCACCCAGAAUCUGAAGGGUCCAAUCAAGAUGUCAGGGCUCACACUGAGAGUCAACAGAUAUGGAAAAGUUCCGAACCGCCACAACGCGCCGAGACGGGGAUACGUAUGUCGGUUUCCGAGGAAGACCAAAAAAACAGGCCAACAGAAGCCGCUACGCCAUCAGUAUCGUCAAUUUCCAUCGGCACCACCAUCCACGAGAGCGACGACUUGGGGCAAGCCACCUCAACCGACGAGACUGUAGGAAAGCCCCGAAAGAAGACCAACUCUGUGAAAUGGGGAAAACGCCAUGUAAAGCGACACAAGAAGCGGCACAAAAGGUGCCCUCCAGUGUCAUUCACUUUCGAGAACACGUCGCAGGCGUUGGGCACGUCGAGGCGAUCGGUGCUGGACAGCACUAGUACCGAAGGUUCCGCGCAGAGUCCGUCACUGGCGAUUUCGGCAUCGCAGGCCGCAGGGACAUCGGGUCGUCAUGGGCGGCGUCAAAGUGGCAGGCGCAGUUCUAAAGGGCAGACCAAGGAAGACACCGAGAUCCAGUUCCGCAAAGCAAAAAAGCGCUCGGACAAGAAAUCGAGGGCCAAGCCGGUCGUGACGGGUCCUGAUACUGGCGCGGAUGCCGUUUCGCCUGAGACAAAACAGGAGGCGUCCAGAACAGCGAGCAGCCCGGCUUUUAAAUCCACAAGUACGGCGCUCGCUUCCGGGGUAGUCUCCGAGACGGCGAGCAGAGAUUCCGUCAGAGAGGUGCAGGUGGGCAGCAGCCAGACUACAGUGCCGAGCAGUUGUUCUGAGCCCUCGGUAUCGGAGACCACCGUUACGCCAGUCUUGGCAACCGCUGGUCCUUCGAGCAGAGCGCAGCCACAGCAGCACGCAGCAAAGCUGCAAGGAAAGGACCCGACACGGCGGCGUGACGAUCCGAGCCGGGACAACAAUGGGCCCACUUCCUGGCCGUUUAGUCCUAAUCCUUCGACGAAGAAAUGA